CUGCAAACACAUCUGAGACUCGGAACAAAACUCUGCACAGUUUCCCGUCUCACUCACACACACUCACACACUCACACACACACACACGCUGCUACAAGCCCCGUGUUCUCGCCGGCAUGUCUCGCCUCUCGACCCCCGGAGAAGUCGCGACACUUUAGGUGAAGUUGCUGAGUUGUUGUCGGUAGUUCCGAUGCCGGACCUCAGUGUUUAUGUUUGGUCUCCUCGCAGCGGUGGGACAUCCGGAAUGGGAGAUCCGCUUUGCUGUUAGUCAAUAGAGCAGUUUACGCACAAAUGGACCGUAAGAAGACGAAAUUCGGAAGAAUUCAUCCAUCCUUGAUUCUCCAUCUGUCUUCUAAUCCAUCUUUCUGCUGUCCAGGUUCCUCUGUUGGCUUUAGUUCAGAGGUUCAUGAACUGCAGGGUUCCUUCCAGUAAGAGAUACCAGCCCACUGAGUAUGAGCAUGCUGCGAACUGUGCCACACAUGGGUUGUGGAUCAUCCCCAGUCUGGUGGGCGGGUCUAUGCUCUACUUUCUGUCUUUGGACCAAUGGCACCGCGUGGCUGCCUGGCUCUAUGGCAGCGGUCUCACCGGCCUAUUUGUCACCUCAACGCUCUUCCACACCGCUGCCUGGAAAAUUAGCCACCUCCGGACGGUGGAGCAGCGUUUCCACAUGUGCGACAGAAUGGCAAUCUACUUCUUCAUCGCUGCCUCCUACUCUCCGUGGUUGAUGCUGAGGGAGCUCGGGCCCUGGGCGUGUCACAUGCGCUGGCUCAUAUGGGUCAUGGCUUGCGUGGGAUCCAUGUAUGUCUUCUUUUUCCAUGAGAGGUACAAGCUGGUAGAGCUGUUGGGAUAUGUGUCCAUGGGGGUUGUUCCUGCGUUGGUCAUCCUGUCCAUGGGUGAGCGUUCAGGUGUGUGUGAGCUCGCAGUGGGAGGAGUUUUCUACACGGUGGGCGUGAUCUUCUUCAAGAGCGACGGCCUCGUCCCUUUCGCUCACGCCAUCUGGCAUCUCUUUGUCGCUGUGGGAGCAUGCGUUCAUUAUUACGCCAUCUGGAGGUAUCUGUACUUACCGGGGCCGCCGCUGCAGACCUCCAGGUGACUGGCUGCUCCAUGAGGUCACCUGGUUCUGCAUCAUGUGAAAAAAGGACAUUUUAGUCAUGGGAACAUUGUGAUAUGACUCAUGAAAGAAAGAAAAGGUGCUGAGGCGAUCUGAUGAAUUUCUCCACAGUUGGGGGUCAAAACCUUGGGACCAAACACUAAAGGACAUUUCAACCAGGGCUGGGCGAUGUGGAGAAAAUCAAACAUCACAAUAUUUCUGAUCAAAAACCGUGAUAUAAAUAUUUGUCUGAGAGAGUUGGGUUAACUUUUGGUGAUUUCACAAAAUAAAAGUUGUUGAUAAAUCCUUUACACUAAAAACCAGGAAAAGAAAACACUAACAAUAUUACAAUAUGCAAAAUCUAAGAAGAUAUAUAGUCUUGUAUCACAUUGAUAUGCUGCCCAGCCCUGAUUUCCACACGCUAAUUAUUCAACUGACUGAUCAGUCAACAUUAUUCUGAAUGGACCAAACUUAUGAUUGAAUUCUGUGGUAUUCUGCUGCUCAUGGGAUAUAUUUGCAAAUUUAUAAAUGUAUAACGUGCCAAAAAGUUUAUAUGACCAAUGUUCGGUAUAAGGAAUAGUUUGAAAAUAUACUUAUAAGCGUAUUCAAUUUCUUUCUGAGAGUUAAAUGAGAAGAUGAUACCACUUUCAUGCUAGAUAUGUUGCUACAGUUAGCAGCUAGUUAGCCUAGCUUAUAGCAUAGAGACUUGAAACAAGGGGAAUCAGCUUGCAAAUGAGCUAACGCACUAAACCAUGUGUCUCAUCAUGUUUUUACAGAGGCGUAUUAUGGGUAUUGUAAUAUAAAACUGAUUGCCAAGGUUGAACUAAAUUAAGGAGGAAAUAACUCAGCUAUUCUAUGAGAUUAAAGUGGUACAUUUAUAGUAAAAACAACGAGAAAAUAAAAUCAUAAAUGAUCUUAUACUGUAAAUUUCAGUGUGGAAUCAACUGUCCUAUCUCACUCUCUGCAAGUAAUAAGCAAGUAAGCGUAUAACAUGUCAAACUAUUGCUCCAUGACAGAACUGAUGACUCAUGCUAAACUAUGCUAGGCUAGUAAACUUUCCAUAUUCCAACAAGGAAGUAAAGUGCCCAAAUGUACCACAUUCCAUUAUGAAGGUGCUAAACCCCUUACUUUACAUUAUUUUUUGCCUAUUUUGCACAGCGGCAAAACAUUUAAAUAUAGAUUUGGGACUAGGAUAACACACAUUGUUAUCCGAUUAGCAUAACAUUAGCUUAGCAUAACAUCAGUUUAGCUUCUAACCAGAAUAUUGUCCGUUUCAGGAGAUGGAGUAGUGUAAACGUUGAGUACAUGUCUGAUGGAUUGGUUUAGAGGUUAGGAUGACUGCAUUAAGCUAUCUGCAGACCAACUAAAGGCUGUCAUAUAUUAGCUCGGUCACACUGGAAUGACUGUUGACCCUCUUUUAUUCCAGAUAAAGGUCGACUAGUGGGGAUAUCAGACUGGUCCGAUUGGGAUUCUGUUUUGUUGCAUAGAAAUCAGUUCCCUUACUUUACUGUAAUGUGGUUUAAAAGUUGAUGAGUCUAAUCUAAAGCUAAUGUAACACUAACUGGGUUAAAUUACCCCACAAUGUUGAUUGUCUUGUUGAGAGGGCAAUGAUUUUUUAGCAAUGCACUGUUGUCCUUAAACACUUUUCUAUCAGCGUUAUUUUAUGUAGAAUUUCUUAAAAUACUCGGAAAACAACAGAAUUAUCCCAUGGUCAUGUUAAUCGCCGUAUUUACUUUCACAUUUUUAAUGAUUUCAUUCUGCUUCAAACACUAUCUAGAUAAAACGUGCAGGUUUUCCCUAAUGUGUAGUAGCUUAACCUUUUCUGUUUUCGCCGAAAGACAGAACACUUACUCAGGAAGAGAGCUUUGUUUUUUAAUUCAGAUGAUCUAUUUUGUUAAAUUGUAUUUUCACCAUAAUAAAGAACAGAUUCUAUAUUACA